CCAAAAAGCAGCAGUCCGAAAAAAACAGCGAAUCCGCAUGGUAUGGGCCUCAUUUAGGCCCGCACUCGGGCCCCGCAAAAGACGCAACCAAAAUCCGCCAUUUCAGAGGCGGACUGAAGGCCAGAAGAUGCGGCAUUGUGACAAAAAAAACAAAAAAAAUCCAAAGUCCGCCAAAAGC